AAGUCCUCCACUCCACCAUUCUCUUCAUUUCUUACUUGAUCAGCAUUGCCAUUGCCAUCGCCAUUGCCAUUAGUUUUUUCCAUUGCAGACCAAACCCAGCUAUACGACAGCCUAAGAUCUGGAUGGAAGGCAAUGGGAUUUUGCAUUAAAUGAUUUUUUUAAAUAAUACUUUGCUUUUUUGCCAUUUAAAGCAAAAUAAAAUAUAAAGAAUUUAAUUUCCAUUUCCCUUUCCCUUUCCCUUUCCCUUUCAGUUCAUUUCUUUCAAGCAAGUGCUGACUCUUAACUGCCUUAACACUUUUCUCUCUUCCCAGUUUCCUCGCCUUAUUGGGUUAGUUUUGUCCAACAGCGGACGAUAAUACAACCCAAACACUGUGAUCCUGUCCUCGGUUUUUUUAUUUGACUGUUUUUUCAAAAUGAAGCGGGGGAAAUUUGAGUCGGUUUUGACGUUGAGUCGACUCAGGAUGAUUAAAUUUCUGAUGGGUGUUUUGUUUAGUUACCUUCUCUUCAUGAGCUUUGAAAUUCCUCUUGUUUUCAGAACUGCCGACUCUGAGUCCGAUGAUGGGUCUAUUGGGUUCUUCGAUAACGCUUUGCCCAAGCAUGUGCUGCUUGAAACCGAGUCUGAAGAGUUGAACGCGGCGAGUCGACCUUCAAGGGACGAUUUUAAUAGUUUUUCACGGACACCGGAGCGGAGAAUGCGGGAGUUCAAGAAAGUUUCCGGCUUGUUCUUCAACGAGAGCACACUUGAAGACAUUGAAGGAAGUAAAGACGAGUUCUCUUUUCUCCACAAGACGGCGAAGCAAGCGUGGCUGGUUGGUAAGAAAGUUUGGGAGGAACUUGAAUCCGGGAAAACCGUUGCUUCAACCAAGCCCCAAACAAACAAGACGGUGGAGAACAAAUCGGAGUCUUGUCCGCAUUCGAUUAGGAUGUCCGGGUCGGAUUUUUUAAAGAGGGGUCAUCUCAUGGUGCUGCCGUGUGGAUUAACACUGGGUUCGCAUAUUACUGUUAUUGGUUUGCCGCAUUGGGCACAUCCGGAGAAUGAUCCGAAGAUAGCGACGUUGAAAGAAGGGGAGGAGUCUUUGAUGGUUUCCCAGUUUAUAAUGGAGUUGCAGGGUUUAAAGACGGUGGAUGGGGAGGACCCACCGAGGAUUUUGCAUUUUAAUCCGAGAUUGAAGGGUGAUUGGAGCGGCAAGCCUGUGAUUGAAAUGAACACUUGCUAUAGGAUGCAGUGGGGUUCGGCUCAUAGAUGUGAAGGCUGGAAAUCUAGAGCUGAUGACGAAACUAUUGAUGGACGAGUGAAAUGUGAGAAAUGGAUUCGUGAUGAUGACGAUCACUUAGAAGAAUCUAAGGCCACAUGGUGGUUGAACAGGCUGAUUGGGCGAACCAAGAAAGUGACAUUUGAAUGGCCAUACCCAUUUGCAGAGGGCAAGUUAUUUGUUCUUACGAUACAAGCUGGCUUUGAAGGCUACCAUAUUAAUAUCGAUGGAAACCAUAUUGCGUCUUUUCCUUAUCGAACUGGAUUUGCUCUUGAGGAUGCCACUGGACUAGCUGUGAAUGGUAAUGUUGAUGUGCACGCUAUAUAUGCUGCUUCCUUACCCACUUCUCAUCCAAGUUUUGAUCCCCAAAAGCAUCUUGAAAUGAUAAGUAAGUGGCAAGCUCCACCUUUACCUCACGGACAGGUGGAGCUUUUUAUUGGAAUCCUUUCUGCUGGCAACCAUUUUGCUGAGCGGAUGGCUGUGAGGAAGUCUUGGAUGCAACACAAGUUAAUUAAAUCUUCCAAAGUGGUGGCUCGGUUUUUUGUUGCACUGCAUGGAAGAAAAGAAGUGAAUGUGGACCUAAAGAAAGAAGCAGAGUAUUUUGGUGAUAUUGUGAUAGUUCCUUACAUGGAUGCUUAUGACCUUGUUGUACUGAAGACUGUUGCAAUCUGUGAAUAUGGGGUUCGCACAGUUGCUGCAAAGUAUAUCAUGAAGUGUGAUGAUGACACAUUUGUUCGGGUGGAUGCUGUCAUCAAGGAAGCAAAGAAAGUCAAUAGAGAUAAGAGCCUGUAUAUUGGGAACAUAAAUUACUAUCACAAGCCCCUCCGUAAUGGAAAAUGGGCAGUAACAUAUGAGGAAUGGCCUGAAGAAGAUUAUCCACCAUAUGCAAAUGGUCCAGGUUAUAUUUUGUCUUCUGACAUUGGACAUUUUAUCGUAAAUGAAUUUGAAAAACACAUGCUAAGAUUGUUCAAGAUGGAAGACGUGAGCAUGGGAAUGUGGGUGGAAAAGUUCAAUAGUACAAAACCAGUUGAGUAUGUUCAUAGUUUGAAGUUCUGCCAGCAUGGGUGCAUCGAAGACUAUUAUACUGCUCAUUACCAAUCUCCUAGACAGAUGACAUGCUUGUGGGGUAAGUUGCAAAAGCGAGGAAAGCCACAGUGCUGCAACAUGAGAUGAUAAUGCCAUGUUGUCCAGUUGCAGUAUGGUAAAUCUGAGAACAAUUUUGCAGUCAUAGUAAGUCUCUGUGUAUAUUUAGUGGGAUUGAAGUGAUAGGGUUAGGCCAGUUCUCUCCCUUUCAUCACCGAUUCUAUGUUUUGGCCAUUUAUGAUUUAACUUUGUAUUCUUCCAAAUUUACCGCUCGUAAAUGUAAGAAUAGUGACGGAACAAAACUUUAGGAAUAUAUACAAGGUUUUCUUUCAUAGACCACACCUGGAUUGUAUUCCCAAAACCAGUGAAACCCUGUAUCUUUUAGCUAAAUGUUCAAGUUGGGGGGUUUCAUUUGUGACUAUUUAAUAUAACACCCUGUUGUAAUUGGAAACACAGGCGGAGAAUGAAAGUAUUUAUGGUUCAUUCUCUCUUGAGGAUGGAGUUGCAAACUAAAA